AUGUGGCAGCGUAGUGCCGUAAUCCUGGUGGCCUUCUGCUUGGUCUGGAGAGGCGCUGGGACACAUGCUCCGAGAGAGAUGGAGGCCAAGGUAAGCGUGCUGGUGGACAGUAUUGGGUUGAACCAACAGAUAUCCCCUGCCACGGCUUCUCUCAUCAGGUCAGAGGAAAAACUGGUUGGAAUACAGCCGCACAUCGUCCUGGCGCAAGAAGGCCAAGUCGCACAUCAAGACCCUGUUGCCGCUGCAAGCACCGUGCCUGCGACAACAGCCGUAACCACUGGAGUGGCUACCACUGCGUUGGCUACGACCGUCGCCGCUACUACAGCAGCUGCAACAGUGGCCGACGCGACAUCGAAGGCGAGCACAACGAGCACUGUGACGGAUGCAUCUCUUCAGAUGUCCGGAUCAAGAACACCGACCACCAUGACUGUAGUCGUAACGCACAUCGAAGUCCACACUGCAACGAUCGUAUUCACAGAGCAGCCUUCGACAACCACCUCGACCACGACGACUUCAACAACCAACACAACGACCACAUCAACGGUAACCAAAUCUCUGGCAGCAACAUUGGCACCGAUACUUCCCUUGAUCCUGAUUGUGGUGCAAUCGUUUCUGUUGCGACUCUAG